AUGGCAGUCUUCACCAGCAAGAAGUACCGCCCUUCCAAAGAAGCAAACACACUCGCCGCCCGAUAUCGAGCAUCGCUGAGCAAACAUCCCUUCGCACUCUUCGGCCUGCCAUUCAUUGCCACAAUGGUAGCAGGUUCAUUCUUCCUCACACCCGCAACAGCCAUAAGAUACGAGAAGUACGACCGAAAGGUCCGGAGACUCAGCAAGGAGGAGGAGCUGGGUAUCGGCAAGGCGGGAAGAAGGGUGGAUAUGAAGGAGGAAUAUUAUAGACUUGCGGCGAAAGACUUGGAUGAUUGGGAACAAAAACGUGUUAAGAGACUUCCGGGAGAACAUGAUGGUGUGAUAUAA